UUACAAUCUAACGCCUCUGCCAAACUGUACCUUUUAUUUUUUUCUUUCUCUCCUUGUUAUAACAAGGAUUUUCGCUUCACUCAGAUCUGCCUUGAUUUGAUUGUUUGUUUGAAUUCAAUGGGUUCAUUCAGAUCUGCCUUGAUUUGGUUGUUUGAGUCGAUGGCGGGCGUGAUGAUUGAUAUCUACACGGUGGUGAAUCAAUUACCAGUUCAUUGUGUUGAUACAAUUCAUUAGAUUCUUCUGUUUUACUAUUGUGUUUAUUCUUUCAAAUUUUAUGCAAUUCAUAGAUUCUUCUGGGUGUGUUUUUCUCUUUUCUGGAAGGGUUAAUCAAUCCCUUUUUGAACAACGAAAACACAUUCUAUCACAUAGCAGUAUUAAUUUUCCGUUUCUUUUGUUAUAGCCUAGUCAAUUUUUUUUGAAAUAGUUCGUGGUCGUUUUUUUGUUCUUGGCUUAAUCAAUUAUUGAUAUACCACUAAUUAAUAGUGAUGUGCUAAAAAUGGAUUUGUGUGCUUUAGUAUGUUCAAUAGCUUUCUUCCAUUCGUAAGGAUAAUACGCAUUCCAAUAACAUAGUUUGGCGUGUUUCAUUAAGUCUAAUACCCUUUGAUCAAUUUCAUUGUUUGUAUAAACUUUAUUUCAUUUUGUAAGUGUUUUUGUGCACUACUAGUUUCUAGUGAUUAUGCCAUUCGUUGGGUUAAUCAGCCCUCCCUUUAUGUUUUAUCACGUUUUUGUAAAACCCAAAUUUUGAUUACUAGUAAAACCCCCAUAAUUAUUUUCCUUUUGACAUAAUUAGUGUUGUAUUAUCAAAUGAGGGAGUAUUUUUUGUUUUUUCCGUCGUUGCACAAUUACAGAAAACACAACAUAUUUUUCAUAACAUAGCAAUGUCGAUGCUUUUAUGCUUAAAUUACUACACGAUUUUUUACAUUACAUUUUUUCAUCAAGCAAUUGUAAAAUGAACCUACAUUUUCUGUUUUUUAAUUUUAUUUUCACUUCAAUGCUGGUGCAACCUAAAAUUACAUUGCUGUUCACUAACAAUUUCUUUAUUCCCCAUUUCGUCCUAAGGAAACCCUAUUUUCCAUUUUAAUUUGUCCCCAUUCAGUUUUUCAAUCUGCCGUUUCCCUAGUUCCCAUUUUGUCCAAAGAAAGUCUGAAUUGAGCUUUUGAUUUGAUCUAACUCCAGACUCCAGUCUUGAGCUAUGGGUAAAGGAAAACGGAAACUCACCGGUCUUGAAGUGGCUGAAGAAAGAAAGCGUCGGCGUCUAAGUUUUCUCUCUUACAUGGAGCUUGGUUCUGGUUUCACUGAGCUUGGCACUGGUUUUUCUGUGCUGCCUCCUGAUCACCUGUUGGAGUUGGUUUCCAGGUUUGAUGUUCAAUCCGUAGCACGCUGUAGGUCACUAAACAAGGAUUGGAAUAAGCUCAUGUGCAGUUUCACAUUUCUAAGGUCUCAUUUUGAGAAAUUAGUUCUUGGUUCUCAAGUAAGAAAGACUGCCCCAUGCCCUGGUCUUAUGAUGUGUGAGUGUGAGAAUUAUUCUCGUGAAAGGGCUCUUAAUUAUUAUUUUCUCGAUUUGAUGAGCGAUGAACGAUUUGGAGUAAUCAGCCGCGUUAACUUUGCCUUUAGCUAUAAGACUCGUGUCCGUGGAUGUGACAGAGGUGUUCUUCUCUUGUCUGGUCAGAAUCUGAAUGAGAUAGUGCUUUGCAAUCCUGUGACUAGAGAGGCUUUAGAAAUUCCCAAUCCUCGUCCUUUGUCUAGAAUUAAUUGGUCUAUGGUUGGGUUUGGAGUGAGUUCCACAGGGGAAGGCCACGUAGUUUUACUUGUUAAUCGUGAAACCAUGAUUUAUUCCCUAUCAACUCGGACAUGGGCUGGUGUAGAUCUUGGAAAAGUUGACUGUAUUAAGAAAAGUCCAGUGGUUGUGCCAUUUGCUGGUUGUUUGCACUGGAUGAAAAUGGACACUUCGGAAAUACUUAGUCUUGAACUUAGUUCUCUUACGGUUCGGACUUUCAAGUUUCCUCCAUUUGAUAACAAAUGUUUAGCACAUUUGUUUACUUCUCUUGGUUAUUUGUACUUCUCUGAAAGCCCCGGUGUUGAUUAUGGUAAUUGUAUCACUGUUUGGAGAAUGAACGUGCAUGGUGAUGAUAGUACUUGGGUCCCACAGUUUCAAAUUGAUGCACAACCUGGUUUUCCGCUUAGUAAAUUCUGGCCCAUUCAAGUUUUCACCAACGGGGAUGCCUUGCUGUUACGAUUCAGAUCUGGGGUUGUCAUCUUCUACGAUAGCUCAUCAAAAACCUUUCAUUAUAUGAAUGAGCAACUUCAAACGGAGUUUGAUUGGAACAAACAGGAACCCAAGGGUCUUAUAUGUCUUCCAUAUACCCCUUGUUUUAAGACCAUCAUAUCUCUAGUUGGUGGUAAUAAUUGGGAAAAAGAUGGGCUACGUCUUCUUGUAGGACAUUUUGGUAUGAAAAGGAUGUAGUUGCAGCAGACAUGGUUUGGGAAUUAGUGAUUCAUACUACUUGAAGAGUUGCUUGAAGCCUAUUGAGGAAGGAACAACAUUUUGAGGAAGGAACAACAUUUUGUACUCGAAGUCUGGAAGAAAACCAAACUAUGGGGCUUUAAUUUUGUAUAAAGUUAGUAGUUGCAGGAAAGAACCAAGGAACCUGGUCUAUAAUUUCAUCUGGCAUUGUGCCUGUAUUUUGUCUGGUCUUGUCAACUAGAAUACAAUCUCUUAUGAAUGACUAAAUCUGGAUUAUCAAGGGUUUAAUUGUAUCUUUUUUUGAUUAA